GCUGCGGGCCACUUGACCGAAGGUCGCCGCAACGCCCCCAUCACAUCAUCGACCUCUUUGUCAGCUGUACCACAAUGUAUAGUUAGUUUGUGGUACCACCAAAGACUGGCCGGGGGUUAAACCACACGUCCGGUUAAACCACACGGGGGUUAAACCCGUUAAACCACACGUCCGUGGUGUCACAGCCCAACGUCGUCUGCUAGAGGUGUCAGGGGAAAUCACUCCAUGGCGCUGCUCGUCAGUUUUGAGUUGAGUGUGCCACGAAUUGACAGGAAAGGCUGAAAAGGCAACUAAUUUUACUGAUUCUUUACCCUUUUCCUCUGAAUGUGAGUGUGGAUGGGCGUGUGAGUGUGUGGGGGUCAUGAAUGGGCGGAUGUAUGCGCGGACUGAUAUGGUUGUGCGUCUUCGUGGAGUGGAGCUUUACAGCUGCAAGGUGCAAGAUGCAGGUGAGAACAUGUCGCUCAUAAUGAAUGGAGAGCAGCUAAACCCAAGCUGGCAACGUGGGAGGUGAAUCCUCUAGCUAUUGCUCUGCCAGCUUGGACUUCUCACUCCCCUUGAACUCUGACUGUAACCACAAUGGAUGAAGCAAAGCAACCACUUCUGCCCCGCUGUGAUGGAGCAUCACCAUCAUUCCUUAGCACACAGUACUCUUCUAUACAAGCUGAAAAAUACGAUGGACAUGAAGGCUCUCUAACAGACCACGGUGUCACAUUGCCCCAAAAAUCGGAAGUUGGUGAACCUCAGAGCAUUAAGGAUAAGGAUGACCAUCAGGAAGAUUUGAAGGUCUACAAGAGACGCUGGUACAUCCUGAUCCUCUUCUCCCUGCUGGCUGCUACACAGGGUGCCAUCUGGAACACAUUUGGACCCAUUUCUUCCUCCAGCCAAGAUGCCUUUGGCUGGCACAAUGCCGACAUUGCUCUGCUGAGUGACUGGGGCCCUAUAUCGUAUAUCAUCUCUGGAAUCUUCUUCUCAUGGAUGAUGAAUGUCAAAGGUCUGCGGCCAUCCUGCGUGCUAACCAUGUUUUUGAUUGCUCUUGGGGCAUCUGUGAGGUGCAUCACCAUGGAACCCCCUCUAGUCACAUGGAUGAUGAAUAUAGGGCAAAUGCUGAAUGGACUAGGAGGGCCAGUAGCUAUGGCAGGUGCCCCAGUGAUUUCCUCUGUAUGGUUUCCAUCACGGGAACGAACAACAGCCACUGCUGUUGGUACCAUUAUGGCCAGCUUUGGAACUGGGGCAUCCUUCUUGAUAGGUCCAUUGAUCGUUCCUGAUGUCCCUGACAACACAUCGACCACAUCGACCACAUCGACCACAUCGUCUCCUAUAUCCAGCACAGUCAGCAUAUUGCUUAGGGAGGAUGGCCAACAUACAAGUAGUCUACAUGCUCUUCAAUAUUCUGCUGCUAAUACAACCAUCCUACCUCCUGAAGUCAGAAUAGCGAAUGAGAAGAAGGCAAUUCAUCUACUUAUGUAUAUAGAGGCCGCGUGGGCCAUUGGCUUAUUUCUUCUGAUGCUGAUCUACUUCCCAAGCAAACCGCCACUGCCUCCAUGUACGUCUGCUGCUCUGCAACGAGAAGAUUUCCUCGUGGGGCUGAAGCGCUUAGCAAAGCGUCCGCAGUUCUGGCUGGUGGUGGUCAUUUACGGCGUGUCGACAGGUGUCAACAACUGCUGGGCCAGUGUGCUGGACAUGGUGCUUUCUCCACACGGCAUCGGCGAGAUGGAAGCUGGAUGGAUGGGCUUCUACUCCAUAUGUGCCAGCUCUGUCGUCACUAUUGUCGUCGCCUGGUUCGCUGACCACAUUUCGCGUAUCCUCAAGUGGCUGGUGUUUGUGUUCUACGCCCUCAGUACCGGAGCCUUUGCCGUCUUCACUCUGGCCUGCAUCAAUGUCGUGCCUUCCUAUACAGCGGUCUUCUACGUGUCCAUCAUCGUGGGCUCCAUCACGCUGAACACAGCAGUGCCGCUGUUGUACGAGCUGUCGUGUGAGCUUGCCUACCCGACAGGCGAGGCCACAUCCAACGGUAUCAUGACAAUCGCCAACAACUUUGUCGGCCUCAUCUUCCUCUUCGUCCUCAUGGACCCUAACGUUGGUACCAUGUGGACCAACUGGACAAUGGUCGGGACCAUCGGAAUCUGCAUACCCAUGAUUCUGGCGAUGAAGGAGAGCUACAACCGCUUAGACGUGGACGAGGUCAACCCCACCAUGGCGAGCAUCAACGUCGAAAUCACCGUUCCGGACCCUCCACCGUCAGUCCAGGCUGCGUGAUCAAGCUGGUGUGAUUGCAAUGUUCGUGAGAAACUGUGCACCUGUAUCUUGCACAAUUAAUUGUCACGAUAGCUCUCGAACAGUGCGAGAGUUCACACUAUUUAAAAGUAUAUAAUAGGCUGACAUUAGGUAUAGAUCGUGGACGAAUGAUAUUUAUUGUAGGUUACUUGUUUAUUAGAAUGAUUGCGUUUUCAUAUACGCCGGUACACGAUCGAACGCUCGCUUACACACACACGUGUGUUUGUGUGUACGCAUAACCUAGGCCCUUGUGGCAUGCCCUCUGGGUACCAAUAAAGUGCUGGUAUAGAUGCAGCCAGGCCAGAAUACAGAAUCGUCUGGGUUCUGUAUCUGCUGUGGCACUUUGAACUGAGUGUUGACUGCGUUUCCUUGAACUUUGUUAGCAUCAUGUGCUAUGCAUGUGUGAGUGUGCGUGCUCGCAUGUAUUUCGAUGUGUCUAUGAAGGAUAUUUUUUACCAUGCUGCUAUGAAUACAUUUUUAUGCACUGUCGUUUAAAUUGCGCAAUAAACAUAUCAAAAUUGAA